AAUUGCUUGAUUCAACGUUUGUAUAAGUUCUGCGACGUAGAGUCAGGAAAUCUGGAAAAAUCCCUGUCGACUACACAAUCCUCCAGUUUAGAUGGAGUUGGGACGAACGAAGAUGCCGCGGUGUGGAGCCAACGCGCUCCGCCAGGCCCUGCACCCCGUGCACGGUCUCGCCUGGACGGACGGGCGCCGCGUGAUGCUCGCCUGCCUGACACUCCGCAGCGCCGACCCCGACAAGGGCGGGCGAACAGACACGGCAGUGGGAGUCGGAGCCUCGCCCACAACCGGACCGGUCCCGCCCGCCAGUACCACCGCUUGUUCGCUGCUUGACAACUCCAUCAUCGGCACGUUCGAGCACGUGCGGGACCUCUGCUGGGGCGCCUUCUGCUGCCCCGGCUCGGCGGCGCUGCUCGCCGUCCAGCACAAGCGCCACGCCACCGUGUGGCUCCUGCGCCACGUGGGCCAGCUCCCGUCGGACCCGGCGGCCAAAGGGCACGAUCCUUGCGCGAACCUGCUCGUUUCGCAGACCUGCGAGGUGGCGGUGCACCAGCCCAUCCUGCCCCAGGGCUGCGUGUGGCACCCGAACAGCGACGCGCUGGCCUUGCUCACCGGCGGCGAGGCGUGGCUGCUGCCCGCUGCCCGCCAGGGCAACUCGCGGAUCCGCGUCCCCUUGCCGCACCACCAACACCACCAGCAGCAGCAGCACCAGCACCAGCUGCGCCAUCCCUGCUGCUCGCAAGCCGUGCGGUGCGCAGCGUGGUGCGACGGUGGCAGGCGACUGGUUGUUGCCGCGGGUGCCUCCAUCUUCUUGUACGAGUGGCACGAGGCGCGUCGGUCCCUGUCCCCGUCUGCCACCUGCCCCAUAUUCCACCUGGGAGGGUUCGCCUCUGCGGCGCUACCUGUGGGGGGAUCGCUCCUGGCGGUGGCGUUGGAGGCGCCGGGGCUGGCGGCGGUGGCGGCAGCGCCAACUCCGUGGCCUCACAAUAAAACGGCGGGCGAGCGACUGGCGAGCUCUCAAGUCUCCCUCGUACCCGCUGUCGAACCGGGAAUUCAAGAGAUGAGGGCGCUGCCGGGACACCCUAGGGUGAGAGAUUCACGGCCGCGCACCGCAGCUCGGCGGACUUGUGUCCACUGCGUGGAGUCCGCGAACUCUCCGGCCGCGGGGCCCCCGCCCUCCACCCUCCUGCUCGUGUCGUUCGACGGCAGCAGCCACGGCACGUGCGCCACCCGUCGCGUGCUCAUGCCGGGCCUCGCCGUGCCAGACCUGGUCGCCUUCGAGCCUCGCUCGGCGACGCUGGCCCUUGCGUCCAACGCCGCGGGCCUCGUGUUGCUCUUCACGCUGGGACCUCUGGGCUCCGUCGUGGCCAGCGGCAGCGUUCGCCUGGCGUCGGAAGAGAAGGUCAAAGGCGUGUGCUUCUUUGGCGACCGGACCCUGCUGCUGGCAUCGGGCAGACUCUGCCAGGGAGACGCGCCUCUCGUGUUGUCGUCACCGCCAUCAUCGACGUCGUCACCGGAGCCGUUCUCAUACACGAGCAAAUACUCCCUGCGCAUCCUCGCACGCGACCUCCCGACCCCGCGGGCAGCGGAGGACGAACGCAGCGCUUCCAUCCAGAGCACCGUGUCCAGCUCAAGGUCCAGCCUUAACUACAUGCAGGUGAACGCGGACAGCAAAGGUGAAGAUGACAUCUGUGCACCGCUGGUCGUCGAGUGCGAGGCCGGACCCCCGACCCUGGGAGACUCGGAGGCAACUCUGCCACGUGGCAAUCGCUCAGCGAGGGCAGAGGAAUGGCAAGGGCAUGGCCAAGAGCAUGCCACCUCGCAGACAUACUUCACCAGACUCCUCGUGAACGGCGAGCACCCCAGCGGGAGUGCGUGA